AUGCUCUGGACAGCGAUCCUUAAAUACAUAUGGAAGGGAGACAGAGCCAGGAUUGGUCACGAAAAACUGUGCCUCCCCAAAACGUGUGGGGGACUCGCACUACCGGACCUGAACAAAUACUAUCACGCAACGAUUGUACAGUGCAUCAGGGAACUGCACACAGCCACUCCUCACAAAAGAUGGAUCACACUGUGCAAAGACCUAGCAGAAAACCAACUCCACCAAUUCCUCUGGCACAAAGAGGAUGAGGCCUCAAAAAAUCUGGGGGAAGACUUCCCCAUCACCCAAACACUCAAAUCUUUGACCAGACUGAGGAAAGUGCCUCACAUUUCCCCUACACCAAGCCCGCUGAUUCCCAUCACCAUCAACUCGAAGAGGCCCAGAUGGGAGCAGACACACACAGGGGAUGAGACUAUGCAGGGCCCAGACAAUGGGCAAGUUGAAAGAGCAAAGACCUAG